AUGUCGGAACUAGACUUACUUCAUUCUGAGAAUAAUUCAUCUUCUGAGCAUACUAAUAAUUGUAGUAGAGAUCAUUUAUUACCAGAACAGCUAAUCAAAGAUUUACAAUCGAUUACAGAAACCAAUUCAACAUCUGGGAUUUCAUAUGAAGAAGGAUUUGAAGAAAUAUCAUCUACUAAAGAGCCCAUUGACCAGUCACACUAUGAUCCUAAUAACACAAAUAUAACACAUAUAGAAGAACCUAGUAAUAAUGGUGAAAAUAUUGAAGUUGAUCAUAAUGAAAAAUCAAAUGAAGGGACAUUACUUAAAAAUAAUAUAGUGGAAGAAGAUAAAAGUAAUUCGACAAGCAUGAAUACUAAGGAAAAAAUUGUUGAAGAGAAUAAUUUAAUCAAUAAUGAAAUAAAUAAUAAGAGUGAGGAUUUAGAAGAAACAAAAAUUUCAAGAGAUAUUAAUUGUAAUAGUGCUGAAUAUAUUUUACUACAAACUAAAGAAAGAAGAAAGAAAUUAAAAAUUAAAUCAAAUCAAUUAAUGGAAAAUAUACAACCUAAUGAAUUUGAAGGCUAUUACGACUUCUAUUUAUUAAAUACUUUUAAAAGAGGACAAUCGUCUGCUGGAAUUGUUGAUAUGGAUGCGCUUAGGAGGAGGGAACAUAAUAUAUAUUACAAAAAAAUAGGAUUCGAUGAUGUUAAUGAUGAUGAAAAUAUCCCGGAGAAUGAAUAUAAAGAUACAAUCAUCGAUUGUAGGGAUUCAAAUUUUGACGCGGAUUAUAUUGAAGAAACAAGACACAGUUUAAAAAAUAAUAGCACCAACAAUCAUACAAAUAAAAUCCAACCAAGAAGACGACUUACUAGAUCCCAAGUUUCCAAUAAAGAAACUCCAAAUUCAUCUUCAACUUCGUUAGUGUCUGUCGCUUCAAAGGAUAAUAAGAAAUCUGAAGAUUCUCCUUCAACAACUAAUACAACAGAUAAUGAUAAUAACGGCGAUAUUGAAAAUGGGUAUGUAAAACCACUUUAUGAAUCACUUGUAUCGAAAGUUAAAAAACCAUAUAGAAGAUCAGAUUGGGUUCUUCCAACAAAAUAUAGAUAUACACGAGAAAAACAUUUCCAUACAAAACCAACCUUUGAAGUUAUUAAAAUAAAUGAACUGAUAAAUAAUACAAAAUUUAAAACAAUUUUAUCUAGAUUUGAAGGUGGACUUGCCGGUGUAUACAAGAGAAAUAACAAUACUGCGCCAUAA